CAUACAUGAAAGUAAAUACUUAUAUAGGAAAUAACAUCACACAUAGGAGUGUUCAGCAUAACAUUUAUUAAAAUUCAUGGUGGGCCUCGAAAACUUCUAAAUAUUAAGAUUUUCUGUAUUUUUCUUUAACUAAAACAGCAACUAUAAAAUCAUACAUUUUAUUGGAACCAUAAAUUGAAAAAAUUUUCAAUCGUUAAAACCUAAUAUAAAUAGCGAUCAGCAUCGUUGUGUUUGUUUACAUCCCAAAAUUUGCAAAAUUUUGAUAAUAAUUUCGAAAAGCUUAUAAUAAAAUAAAAGCAAUAAUAUGCACUAGAGUUUAAGUAUAUUCUGUAUGAAUAUAUUAUUUAUAAAAGAAAAACAGAAGACACUGGUUAAUUGCCCAACCAAAAGUUUCAACAUAAAAAUUUGGCAGUGAAGAAAUAAAAAAUAAAAUAGUUGAGUCACCACUUUUAACGCUUACGCAGGGACAGGCAAUAAUGGAGGACUACAAAUUUCUUUUCAAAAUUGUACUUGUUGGCAAUGCGGGUGUGGGAAAAACUUGUUUGGUGCGCCGAUUUACACAAGGUUUAUUUCCACCUGGCCAAGGAGCCACCAUCGGCGUUGAUUUUAUGAUUAAAACUGUGGAAGUUGAGGGCGAAAAAAUAAAGCUACAAAUAUGGGAUACUGCAGGUCAGGAACGUUUUCGAUCAAUAACACAAAGUUAUUAUCGGUCAGCACAUGCACUGAUUCUUGUUUAUGACAUAAGCUGUCAACCGACAUUCGACUGUUUACCUGACUGGUUGCGUGAAAUACAGGAAUAUGCAAAUUCGAAAGUUUUAAAAAUACUCGUUGGCAAUAAAACAGAUCGCGAUGAUCGGGAAAUACCAACACAAAUUGGCGAAGAGUUUGCUAAACAACAUGAUAUGUAUUUUCUAGAAACAUCAGCCAAAGAAGCCGAAAAUGUUGAACGCCUAUUUUAUGAGAUUGCUGCUGAGCUAAUUGAUCAGGCGCGCAGUAAAGACGGCACAAAUGUGAAUAAAACUACCGCCGAUGCAAUUGGACUUGGUAAUUUUGGCACAAAAGCAACUCAAAAUAGUUGCUGUAGUGGUUUCAGCAGCAAUACUAGUCAAACAAAUUGUGAAAACGGUAACAGUAGAAGCAACACUUAGGUAAAAGUAAUUACUAUUAUUAUUGUAUAUUUGUUUUUAAAACGUAAUUUUAAGUUCAUCUGCGAUAAAGGCAUACCGUAUUAUCGUUUAUACUGCCUCUAUCCUUAGUUAUUGAAAUUAAUCUAUAGUUUAUUAUUUAUUUAUAUGGUCAGUUAGAAAACGUUUAUAAACAAUAUUUUACGUUUGAGACCAAAUCCAUUUAUACAAAGACAAGAAUAUUACAUUUUCUGUUUUUGAUAGACUCUCUUAAGUUUUCAACAAAUAUUGGAACUUGAAGCUCUAACUAACAAACAAAAUAGCAUUUGAGCUGUUUUGGUUUCCACUAUAUUACAAUUACGGUGAACUAACAAAAUGAGCCAAAUGGAAGCGAAUGUAGAAAGAAAAAAAUUUAAGUAUACAUGCUAUGUAUUUAUGUGAUUGCAAAACACAUGAAAAUACAUGUUUCUCUUCAAAACUUUUGAAUUAGGUACCUUUGCAGAAUUAUACAUUUAAUUUAGAGUUAAGUUAUAAGUUGAUACAUAUUUUAAUCUGACACAUUGAUGGCAACUUUCAAUUAACACUUUAAGUGUAUUACUUUCAUCCGUCCUGGUAAUACUAUUUUCAGUCAUUGGUUAGAGUAUUUUAGAAUAUUAUAUAUGGUAAUAAUGUUUUGCAAAGAAAUUAAUAGAACUUAAAAACUCUAGGGCAGUAUUUUUAACACAAAUUUUUUUAAACAGAUUUUAAUAUAUUUAGCUUCCAAUAGUGUAAGAACAUAUGGAAUCGUUAUGUGAAUCGCUAACACAUGUUUUCAUAAAAAAAA